AUGGCGACGGCCGGCGCGGCGACCUUCGCGCGAUCGGGGGGAACCGCGCGCGCUCGUAGCGAGCCGCUCGCGCCCGUCGACGCGGACCUCUGGGUCAUCGACGAGGCGGGCGUCCACACGAGCGAGUCGAGCCUGCCCGCGCGGAUCCUGAACGCGUGCCCCAAGUGGAAGUUCCGGCGCCAGGACAUCGUCCUCGAGGACCUCGAGGGCAUGCCGCCCCACGCCGCGUGCCUCGUGCUCCGCAAGCUCGCGGAGGAGGCGCUGCGGUCCGAGGUCAUCGCGCAGAGCGCGGGCCGCGAGUGCGCCGCGACGCUCCGGGGCCGGCUGAGCGCCGAGGCCCGGUCCGCGAGCUUCCGCGACCUCGACGAGACCUACGUCAAGCCGGACCGGGCCGCCGCGGACGCGAAGCGGCGCGCGCGGCUCUUCGAGGGCGGCCGCAACAGCGCCUUCGGGUCCACGGAGUCGCUCGAGCGCCUCGGCGUCGGCGUCAAGCUCUUCUUCGAGGCGCUGCGCGUGUCCUCGGCGGUGCUGCUGGUCAUGGGCGUCUGCUACGUGCCCGUCAUGGUCCUCAACGGCGCGGGCAACGGCGGCUACGCGCUGUCGUCGUCGGCGAUCGCGGCCGCGGCGGAUUUCGGGAUGAUCCGCCUCUCGCUCGCGAACCAGGGCCUGGACCCCGACGCGUUCCUCCAGGGCGGCUGCGCGUGCCCGGAGAGCGGGCCCUACGCGGCGCUCAUCGACCAGGGCGUCGACAUCAAGUGCGAGGCCGGCGGCCACGACUGCCGCUGCAACGAGCGGAGGGGGCUGACGUCGUCGACGAUCUGCAAGGACUGGCGCGACCUCGACGUCUACGGCCAGGACAUGAAAGACAAGACGAUGACGACGUGGAUCUCGUGCUUCUGCUUCCUCGCCGCGUGCGCCGUCGUCGCGGGCGCGAUCGCGUUCGCGCUGCGCCUCAACCGGUUGGUGUCCGCGCACCGCAAGGCCAACGCGGAGCCGAGCGACUACACGGUCAUGGUCCGGGGCCUGCCCGAGGACGCGACCAUCGCGGAGAUCCGGGACCACUUCUCCGCGCUCUACGACUUGUCGAAGCCCAUGGACGCGCGCGCGCCGACGGCGGGCGUCGACGAGCGCGGCGUCGCGCUCGCCGUCGCCGGCGCCGGCUUCGUGCUCGUCGGCGUCGCCGCGGUGUUCGCGGCGCCGGCGGAGCCCGCCGCCGUCGCGGCGCCCGUCCUGGCGGCCGCGGCCGGCUUCGCGUACGCGAGGAAGAAGCGCGUCGGCCGGCCGACGCGGCGGCCGUCGCCGACGCAGGCCUGGCAGGCCGAGCGCCUCGCCGUGCUCCGCCAGCGCAAGGGCCGCGCGAAGGCGUCGCCCUACCGGGUCGCGCCCGACGCGACACCGCCGCCGAUCACCGUCGAGGCGCUCGACGCGGAGUCGGACGUGCUCUGCGCGGACUUCCCGUCGGCCGUGCUGCCCGUGAGCGACGUGUCCCACGUCGCGGGCAACGAGCAGUUUUUGGGGUCCUGGGUCGCCGACGUCCAGCUGUCGCACCCCUUCGGCGCGCUCAUCCGCGGCGCGCGCGCGAAGAUCAAGACCGUCAACAAAGAGGCGGCGCUCCGCGCGCGGGUCCAAAAACUGAAGGCCAAGGGCGGGUCCCUCGCCAAGGUCGGCGCGGCGAUGAAGAAGUUCGACGUGUUGGUCGCCAAGCAGGCCCAGUACUUCGACAAGCUCGUCGCGAAACACGACCCCCGGACGACCAUGGCCCGGUGCGGCGUCGCGUUCGUGACCUUCGAGCACGAGGAGUCGGCGUUCCGCUGCCUCGACGACUACCGCGCCUCCAAAAAAUUCUGGACGCGCUCCUUCCAGCCCGCGGCGCUCCGGUUCCGCGGCGCGAAGGCGCUCCGCGUCGGCAAGGCGCCCGCGCCGUCGAACAUCAUCUGGGAGAACCUCGAGCACUCCGCGGCGGAGACCUUCGUGCGGCGGCGCGUCUCGGACGUGCUGACGAUCCUCAUCCUCAUCCUGAGCGCCGCGGCGUGCAACUUCGCGAGCCGGAGGUCCGCGCGCGCCGCGCGCGCGACGCCCGACAAGCUCAAGUGCGACAACCUGCCCGCGGCGUUCACGGGCAGCUACCAGAACCUGACGAACGAGCUCGUCCACUUCGGCGACGGCGCCUGCCCCGCAGGCUACGAGCACUUCGAGUACGCGGGCCUGGACUACGCGGACCUGCCGGUCCUCGCCAUGGGCCUCGGCCUGCCGCCGAUGAACCGGACGGACGCGGGCCUCGAGGUCGACGAGACGCUCGCGGCGGACCUCCAGUGCGACCACGACGGCGGCCGCUUCUCGAAGUCGUGCACCGUGUCCGCGCGGUCCGAGAUCUACGGCCUGCUCCGCGUCGACGCGGGCGACGGGAACGCCUACGCGUCGACGGACCUGAGCGACCGCUGCGUCGAGGACAGAUGCCGCGUCUGCGACGGCGCCUGCGCGCCCAAGGACACGGAUGACGACCCGUCGCUCAAGUGCUACUCGCUCGCGUGCUACGGGCGGCCCGACCAGGACGUGACGUCGGGCUGGCUGACGACGCAGGCGUGCUUCGAGUACCACCCGGCGCUGCUGACGGCCUGCUACUGCUCCUACAACCUGGGCCUGAAGAAGACCUGGUACAUCCUGACGGGCCGCAAGGACAUGGGCGGCUUCGACGUCUGCGAGGACGCGGUCAAGGCCUCCUUCGUCGCGUUACUCGCGCAGCUCGUCGUCGCCGUCUUGGUCAUCGUCGUCAACGAGGCGACGCGCGUCGCCAUCUACGCGCUCGUCGACGUCGAGCACCACGUGUCCCACACGAAGCGGCUCUCGUCGCUGGUGUUGAAGCUCACGAGCUCCAUGUUCGUGAACACGGCGCUCAUCGCGCUCGCCGUGAACGCGUACCUCGACCCCGACGACGCGCGGAAAGAGGUCCGGGAGACGUCCGAGGGCUCGAAGCUCUUCAGCGGCAACCACGCGAACAUGGGCAAGAAGUGGUACGGGUCCGUGGGCGCCGCGCUCGGCGUGACGAUGAUCAUGAACGUCUUCGUGCCCCAGAUCUCCUUCGUGCAGAAGGUCGUCGUCGCGGAGCUGAAGCGCGUCCUGUUGAGGAGCGGCGCGACGACGCAGCAGGCGCUCGACGCGCUCUACCGGCCGCCGCGCUGGGAGGUCGAGCGGUCCUACGCCAUCGUGCUGAACACGAUGCUCGUGUCCCUCUUCUACGCCGCGGGCAUGCCCCUGCUCAUCCCCAUGGCGGCCGUCGCGCUGUUCCUCUCCUACGGCGUGAAUCGCGCGUUGCUCCUCAAAUGCGUCGACCAGCCGCCGAACUUCGACGAGACCCUGGGCAUCAAGUUCGCCAAGUAUUUCCUCGCCAUGGCGCUCGUCCACGUCGCCAUGGCGGCCUACAUCCUGUCGGAGGAGGAGCUCCUCCACAGCGGCAGCUUCGCGUCGGGCGAGAAGAUCGCGCAGCACGGGAGCCGGCCGGACUGGCAGAUCUUCGCGAUCCGCCGCAUGUCGCGGCACAACGUCGUGCUCUUCGUCAUUUUAUUCGCCGUCUUCUUCGGGCUCGCGCUCGUCUACGCGGUCGUCGGCCGGCCCGCGGUGCUCCUCUUCUACGACGCGUGCGCGCUCUGCAACGUCGAGGUCCGCCGGGCCUCGCUGGACCACGUCUACCGCCACACGGGCUUCACGGCGCCCUGGCGGUCCGUCGUCUUCCACCCGAAGCUGCGCAAGGGCGCGAAGAAGGAGGUCGUGCUCGCGAACUUUAGUACGAUCUACCGCCGGUGGCGCGCCGCGGGCGCCACUCCCAACGGCGCGCGGCACCGCAAGGGCGACGUCCAGCGCUCCUGGGAGGUCAUGGCCGAGACGCACCUCGUCGACUACAACAUCGUCAACAACCCGGAGUACGCCGACAUUUUGGCCGUGCUCGACGAGAACGGCUACAAGGCCGCCUGCGUGCCCUGCAACGCGCCCGCGGACAGCAUCGACACCAUCGCGCGCGACAGCAUCGACGCCAUCGCGCGCGUCGAGGAGCAGGCCUGGCUCGUGUCGUCGGCGACCGGCCGGAGCCGCUGGGUCUUCGAGGACGCCGCGGACGUCGGCGAGAUCGUCCACAGAGGCGGGUCGCGGUCCGUCGUCGCGGCGCGGUCCGUCGGCCGCGGGUGCCGCGUCCUGCGCGACCGGAGCGCCGCGGCGUCGCCGCGCCUCGAGAAGUGCCGCGACGUCUGCUGGGUCUGCCUCCGGAAGAGCUCGAUCGUCUGCAAGGGCUGCCUCGCGGUGUCGUGGUGCUCCGAGGCCUGCAAGGCGAGGACCGCGGGCGUCGACGGCCACGACUGCGCGCUCGUCUGCAAGCUCGUGGACAUGGCGGGGGUGAUGCACCGCGCGUCGAAGGCGGACGCCGCGCCGGAACUGAAGAAGCGCGACGCGGCGGUCGCCGAGGCGACGGCCAUCGCGCGCGACGUCGACUUCGACGCGCUGCUGCUCGCGUCGCGCCUCGACGCGCCCGUGCCGGGCCUCGUGGACCACCGCGACCUGCUCAUCGCCAGGAGCCGCGACGACGACGCCGCGCACGCCGCGCUGCGGGCCGCGCGCGUCGGCGGUUCGAUCCUGUCGCGCAUGCGCGACCGCGACGACGCGUACGCGGCCCUCGUCGAGGUCCAGCUCCUCCAGAUCCGCUUCAACGCCUUCCCGCUGGACUGCGCGGGCCUCGCGAGCGCGGGCCUCGCGCUCUUCCCGCGGGGCGCCGCGCUGAACCAUUCGUGCGAGCCGAACGUCUGGCUCUCGAUCUUCGCGGCGGACGACGACGGCGAGCCGGGCUGCGCCUUCGAGGCGCGCUACUGCGGCGACGCGCCGACGCUGGAGCAGGGUACGGAGCUCCUCUGCUCCUACCUGCGGCCGCGCGUGCUGCUGGCGACGCGCGCGCAGCGGCGGCACGCGCUGAAGGCGUCGUUCUUCUUCGCCUGCGCGUGCGCGCGCUGCGAGCGCAACGAGGCGGACCGGCCGACCUCCAAACGGCCCCUCGAGGUCGGCGUCGCCUUCCAGAACCUCGAGCGGGACCCGUGCCUCGGGGCCGUGCGAGACGCCGUCGACGCGGUCGCCGUCGAGCUCGGCAAGGCCACCGGCGACGGCGUCGUCGCCGCGCGGCUCGCGGGCCGCGCGCUGGACCGGGCGGCCUGCGGCGCCGCGCGCGGGGCCAUGCGCGCGGACCUGCGGCUGCUGGCCGCGCAGCGCCUCGCCAAGUCGAAGCGGAACAAGGACGCCGCGGCCGUCGCCGAGUCCGCGCUGGAGGACCUCGCCGCGGCCCUCGCGCCCGCGGACCCCAAGCGCGCCAACGUCGCGCGCUUCGUCGCCAAGCUUCGCCGGGACGCCGCGGGCGGCGGCGCGGCCGCGCGCCGCGUCGCGACGGCCGCGCACGCGCGCGACGCGAGGGACGGCUACGCGGACGCGGACGUCCUCAACCCGCCGAAGCCGGGCGCCUACCCGGGCGAGAAGCACGCGCGCACGGCCACGUACGAUAAUGUUUGA